UGACCCUCUUUCGCUCGUCUAAUCGUCUUGACCCUGCCCACAUGCCGAAGCCUUUCAUGUCCAUAACUCAAUAUAACAAUACAUGUACUGGGCACUGACCAAAGGCAACUUCACCGAAUAAUUUAAUUCAAUAAAAAUGGAUUCAACAGCGAGAUCCAACUCUGUCACACUCCUCAUCUUCAUCUUCUUCCUACUCCUCAAUGACCCUGCUUCUUCUUCAAAUCCAACUACUUCCUUCCCAAAACAAGCCUUGCCCACAAAAUCUGGCUACCUCCCUGUCAACCCCACCUCCAAAUCCGCCAUUUUCUACGCUUUCUAUGAAGCCCAGAACUCCACUCCGCCUCUCUCCCAGACCCCACUUCUCAUCUGGCUCCAAGGCGGCCCUGGCUGCUCCUCCAUGAUCAGCAACUUCUUCGAGCUUGGACCAUGGCGCGUCACCAAAUCCUUGAAUCUAAUUUCCAAUCCUGGUUCUUGGAACAGAAUUUUUGGCCUUCUAUUCCUCGAUAACCCAAUCGGAACUGGAUUCAGUAUCGCCUCAAACUCUGAGGAAAUUCCCCGAGACCAAAAUUCUGUGGCCAAACACCUCUUCACUGCUAUAGCCAAGUUCAUUCAGCUUAACCCCGCUUUCAAGGAUCGCCCAAUCUAUAUAACCGGCGAGAGCUAUGCUGGGAAGUAUGUUCCUGCAAUUGGAUAUUACAUAUUACAAAGGAAUUCACGUUUGAAUGCUUCCCAGAGGGUGAAUUUAGCAGGUGUGGCGAUUGGAGACGGGUUAACUCACCCAGUGGCACAAGUUACUACUCAUGCUGUGAAUGCUUAUUUCUUAGGGUUGAUCAACGAGAGGCAGAAGAAUGACUUGGAGAAGGCUCAAUUUGAAGCCGUCAGAUUGACCAAACAGGGGAAUUGGAGCGCAGCAAGAGAUGCGAGAAACAAUGUUUUCAGAUUGUUGCAUAACAUGACAGGGUUGGCUACUUCAUUCGACUUCACAAGAAAAGCUCCUUAUGAAAGUAACUUGGUCACUGAUUUCUUGAAAUCCAGCGACGUGAAGAAGGCACUAGGGGUGAGAGAGUCUCUUGUUUUUGAAGGAUGUAGUGAUACCGUAAAAGCUGCAUUACAGAAGGAUGUGAUGAAAAGUGUAGAGUACAUGGUGGAAUACUUGGUGACAAAAACCAGAGUGCUUCUAUAUCAAGGCCAGCAUGAUCUGAGAGAUGGUCCGGUUCAAGUAGAAGCAUGGGUUAAGACACUGAAAUGGGAGGGAAUUGAGAAGUAUUUGAAUGCAGAUAGAAAGAUAUGGAAAGUGAAUGGCCACCUUGCUGGGUAUGUGCAAAAAUGGCAGAGCCUCACUAAUGUUUUGGUUUUGGGAGCUGGUCAUUAUUUGCCUGCUGAUCAAGCCGUGAACUCUCAAGUCAUGAUUGAAAACUGGGUAUUGCAGAAGGAUUUGUUUGAGCAUGAUCAACAGGAGAAUGUUUAGCUAAGAUCUUGAGAUUUAGUUUGAAAUUAUGAAGCACCCGAAAACGCACCAGAAUUUAUAUCUUUAAGAACUCAACACUAGAAAAUUGAAAUAAAUUACGCAUCACACCCUGUUAUGUGGUAUUCUACCAGUGCUGUUAUCCGUGCUUUCCCAAUGUUAUCCUUUCAUUGAAACUGGUGAAAUUGAAUUAUAAGGUUAGGAUACUUAUCAUAUUGGAGUUGCACUCAUAGGUCAUGAGAAAGGAUAAAUUCAGCUUUGUUUGCCGCAGCCACACUCUCCUUCAAUAUCUAUCGAGAAAGUUAGACAUAGGAGUAAAGGUUAUAUUAUGCAUACAACAUUUUCAACCCAUACUUUUGCGUCCAUGUGUAUAUGUAUUGCUGGGUUAAAUCGGUUUGGUCACUUCCCAGAUCCAAGAAGGUCAUAGAGUGCGAAGUACUUGAAAAAUUGCUGAUCUUGCUUUCAAGGAGGAAAAAGAAAUUUAAAGACAUUAGAAUCUUUUCAAAAGAUCAAAACUAUUAGUCCACAUAGUACACGUCCAGUAAUCUUCAUCGCAACAAAUUGGUAAACCUAUCUUUACAGAAAAGUCCAAAUUAAAGAAGAAAAAG